ACAGUCAAUCAACAGCUCUUAAACUCCCCAAAAGCAUUCAGCUUUAUAUAAAUUCAUCGUCAACAAGCUCUCAAACGUGUCGCCAAUUAAGCCAGAGAGAUUCAGCAGCCACUGGAAUUUAAGCUUCGAGCUUUAGAUCUUCUUCUUCUAUCAAAGUAAUCGAGUGAGCCAGGGAGAGUGAAAGUAAGAACAGAAUGGUUCGAGCAGCUCGAGUUGAUGAAAAUGGAAUGAAGAAAGGGGCUUGGACUCCUGAAGAAGACGAGAAAUUGAGGGCUUAUGUUCAGAGAUAUGGCCACUGGAACUGGCGCCAACUCCCCAAGUUUGCAGGUUUGUCGAGAUGUGGGAAGAGUUGCAGGCUGAGAUGGAUGAAUUACCUUCGUCCCAAUGUGAAAAGAGGAGCCUAUACCAAAGAAGAAGAGGAAAUCAUCAUCAAACUCCACCAGCAACUCGGAAACAAGUGGUCGAUUAUGGCCGGAAAAUUGCCCGGAAGAACGGACAACGACAUAAAGAACCACUGGCACACCAACCUGAAGAAGCGAGUGAGGCGAAACCAGUCUGCGAAGACGAAGGAGGAAACCAUUAACGCCCCCGGCCAAGCUCAGCCGGCCGGAAAGAGAGAACAGGAGUCUGAAGAAGCCGCCGCCGAUCGCUUGCCGGAGCCGAAUUCAGAAGGCUUCUUCGCGCUGUCCCCGCCGGAAGCAUCUUCCAGUGAAAUCACUUCUCCGAGCUCCGACUACCCGCCGUUGAGUGAACUAAACUGGGCUUUAGAUUUGGAAGACGGCAUCUCUUCGUUCGAAAUUUCGGCUCAAGACAUUGACAGUUUCUGGACUCAGCCGUUUUUGCAAGACACGUCGUACAACGUUAACAGUACUGUGUUCUCGCCGCCAUUCUUCGCCGGCGAAGGAAUUUACGACUACGGCAUGGACUUCUUCCCCCAACUUGCUGAAGAAAUUCCCCAACAAUGAGAGAUUCCUGAUAAAUGAAAGGGAAAUUAAAGGGAAACAAGAGCCACAAAGAGCCUUUGUUUUGUAUCCACAGCUUCAUCAUUUUAAUUACCACUCCGGAGGGAUAGUCCCCCAAGUGAUAAUAUUAGUGAGCCCGAGAUCUCGAGUUUGAUUCUUGUGAGCUUUAGUUGUUUUCUUCUCAAGUCUCGAUUGUAUAAUCUUACCCAAAAAAUGAAAAUUUAUAAUUCUUUCGGUAUGCAUUACCAUUACCAAUGUAAUAAUAAUAAUAAUGUGUAAAGCAUUGAAUAUGAAUCCGAUCAUUAAUAAGUUUUUGCUUUGAA